UUAGCGCAGAAAUUUCGUAUAGACUACAUGUGGGCACACGCAUAUAAAACGUUCUACAGACUACACGACUUGGACACCAAUUGGCAUCAGGCGCGUCAAAUGUGCGAAUCGGAAGGCACGACGCUACUCAUUCCAGACACGCUGGACGAAGUGGAAAACUUAAAGCUACUCAUGAGCAACAUGAAGGCUCAUUACACCGCUAUAUUUGUUGGAAUACACGACUCGUUCUCCGUCGGCAACUUUAUUACCGUAAAGGGGGUCCCCAUAGCCGGCACAACCCUAGAACUGCUAUGGGCUGAAGGUCAACCAGAUAAUCUGAACGGUUCGGAGCAUUGCGUGGUAAUGACAAGAGAGGGACUGUUAGAUGAUCGGCCGUGUACCGACAUUUAUCCGUUUGUUUGCAAAAUAUUGGGAAAUGACACGAAAUAUAACGACGCUUGUGAUAACUUUGAUUCGGAUUACGCUCAACAUCCAGCAAUAAGUGGCAAAUGUUACAAAUUCCACCAAGAACCGUUGUCUUGGCAUGAUGCUUACUUGUCUUGCAAGCUAGAGGAAGGUCGUUUGGCCAUCAUCAACUCAGCAAAAGAGGCCAAUAUAGUCGUGGGUUUCCUCGGAGACAAUUUAAACAGCAAUACCCCUGACCCCAACAUUUUGCAUCUUGGAUUUAGCGAUUUGAUGUUUCCUUAUCAAUACAGAACUAUUACGGGCCAGACUUUGGAGGAAGCGGGCUAUGCAUCUUGGACCCCUGAACACGAAAACUUGAAGAUGGAAAAGCUCAAACGCUGCGGUGCGAUAUCUCGAACCGGUUUUCUCGUUACGACAUACUGUGAACGACCUGCAAUGUUCUUAUGUGAAAGAAUUAUAAACAUAACUCCGUCCUCAACUGAGAAUACCAAUACAGCAGCGGCUGACUAA